AUGGCUCUUUUUCCCGAAGGUGGCUCAAUCCUUGAAAAAAAUCGCAUCGAAGGAGUCAGCGAUUACUUGUACGAAGGAGAUAUCAAUCUUACGGAAGAACAGCUGGCUGCCCUCGAAUCUGUAUUGAGCAACCGCACAACUCGCCAAAAGCGCCAGGCUUCUAAAGUUUAUCCCAUAUGGACAAACAAGAAAGUUUUCUACUACUUUGAAGCGAAUUUCGGGGAAUCAAUGAAGGCGCUCGUCAAAAAGACUCUCGCCUAUCUCGCUGCUCGCACAUGUCUCACCUUUGUUGAGAGCGCAACAGCUGCGAAUCGUAUUCAGGUGUUCAGCGGUUCUGGAUGCUACUCGAACAUUGGAAUGAGCGGAGGGGAACAAGGGUUGUCGUUAGGCAGCGGCUGCAACACGAUGGGAAUCAUCGCACACGAAUUUAUGCAUGCUCUCGGGAUAUUUCAUACGCAAAGUCGUCACGAUCGUGAUUCUUUCAUUACAGUCGACUUGACCAAUGUGCCGGAGACGUCAGAUGAAGAUGGCACAAUGCCUGGAGAUAUAGUAUCCAUUAUCAAAGUAAACGAGAAAGCAGGUAUCGAUAGGCACCUGUUCGAUGGCGAUAUUCUUCUUGGAAACACCGACCUGAGGACGCUUACGAACACUCCCAAAGGCGGUGCUCGUCAAAAACGUCAAGUCGUCUACGAUUCCAACAAAUGGCCCAACAACAAAGUCUUCUACUACUUUGAUUCAACCAUACCACCAGCCAAUCAAGCAUACAUCAGAACAGUGCUGAAUUACCUGAGUGCUCGCACGUGCAUCGAUUUUGUCGUCGAUGCUACCGCACCUAAUCGUAUAAAGGUGCUUGACGGAGCGGGAUGUUAUUCGUCGGUUGGGAUGCGAGGUGGCGAACAAGUCAUAUCACUAUCAUCUGAUUGCAUAAUCAUAGGAACCAUAGCACAUCAGUUCAUGGAAUCUCUCGGAGCAGCUCACACUCAUCAACGCUUCGACAGGAAUGACAGCAUAAUUGUCGACUUAACAAAUGUCCCGCCACCUGCCUGUGGUGCAACUUUGACGGCUACAACUACGUGGGUAACCAGAAAAGUCACUGUUGGUGACCCGAAGAUCACCACUACCAGUAGCACUUACAAAAUGUGCACUGACUGGGUGAAGGCUCCAGCUGGUAAGAAGGUCCAGAUCCGUGUGACAGCGUUACAGGGAGUAAACUGUACUAACGGCUGCUGGGUUCAUGCCAUCGAGCCUAAGAUUGAUACCGAUAAAAGGUUGACGAAUGCCAGGAUUUGCUGCCCAGCACAGCUCAAUAGCAUACUCCCGAGCAGAAUAAAUCCUACACCGAUAGUCUUCUACAGCAUUCGCCGUGCAGCUACGUUUACCUAUCAAUACAGAUAUGUAAAUCAGUGA